UGCCCAAAGGGAGGCGUCUAUCUGACUGGUUUGUUUGCGCACAGGUGACAGCAGCCCAUAUAACUGAUGAAAUCCAAGCUGAGCUGAAUCCAUUUCCACCAGCACGUUAGCGUCACUGGCCAGGACAGCAAAAUGAGUGCCAAUCUGCAAGGAGCUAUGGAGGACCUCAUCAAAGUGUUCUACCGAUACUCUGGGAAAGAGGGAGACAAGUACAAGCUUAACAAAAAGGAGCUAAAGAACAUGUUGCAGGAGGAACUUUCUGAUUUCCUCUCAGGCUCCAGUGACUCGGGCUCCGGUGACUCGGGUAUGGUUGAGAAGAUUUUGAAUGACCUGGAUGAAAAUAAGGAUGGAGAAGUGGACUUUCAGGAGUUUGUUGUUCUGGUUGCUGCACUGACGGUUGCCUGCAAUGAGUUCUUUGUGGAUUGUGUUAAAAACGGCAAAAAAGCAGAGUAACGCUUAAGGAAAGAAUUGGCGUUUAAUACACAGUAAUUUAAAAUAAACAGCUGUAUUUGGGAUGUAAAGAUUUGAGUUGUUACGAAACAUGUGCAACUGUAACUCAAUGUUUUAUUCAUCCUUCAGAGGUCUUCCAACUUAAUAAAGAUGUAAUAAAUAUAUGUA